AUGCAAGUCAACCAUAUUUACCAGUGUCAAGAAGGAGUCUGCGAGGAGGAGGGCGGGACACACUGCCUCACCGAAGACCUUCGGGGCGAGGAUUGCUUCGCUAUAUCAGGAUAUUUUUGGAAAGAAAAAACCUUGAAGUACACGUCUUCCGAGCUCAGCCUGGCCAACGUGACCUUUUUCAGCAGAGAAUUUACGGUUGAAGCCACAUCCUGGAAACAACAAGGCAACACAUCGGUGCUCCACCUCAAGCCAGUGGCCGGGAUUCCCAUCUACAUGCUCAAGCUCGAGGAUGCCAGUCAAAACAAGAGCGGGAACUGCAGCUCUCUGGUCCUGACGGGUGGCACGGAGGAGCCAUUUGACACAAUUGUCUUCACGGCACACUGGCACCAACAAGUCUUCCCGGGCUGCACCUACAGGGUCUGGUUCAGGCCGAGGACCGAAUGUCAAACAGAUAUGAUCGGCGCCAAGGACAAGGAACUGCCGAGGCUUCAGUACGUACAAGCGAGCAAAGAAGAAAUACUGGUCGAGGAGCCUAGGACCGGAAAACUCUUUGUGGCGUCAGCGGCGACGGCGGGCUUGUUGACCUCAUUGGCUAUGGUGCUGUUGUUUGCCGUCAUUCAUCACGCCUGGAAGUCUCGACGAAUUCAAAGUUCAGUCCCGGACAGAAGUGAAGACACAGAUAGCAUAACACCUCAGUCAACUAGCGAAAACUUGCAACUAAUAUAUAAACCACGAAAGUCGCCGCCAGUGACGGUGCGCAAGGCGGCUCCCAGAACCGUCCUGCUGGUGUACACGCCAAACCUUCACCGUCAGAUGGCUGCCCUCGCCGCCCGCUUGAAAGAGAUGACGGAACUGCAGAUCGAGGACCUUCACGAUAUGAGGGACCAGGACAAGCUGAACGACCCGACGGUGUGGGUGACUCGACGCCUCAUGGACCCCAACACCCGCUUCGUGCUGGCCUGCUCUACCGUCCACCACGACAACAAAGAGCCCAGUCAAGAGCUUCAAGGAGGCGCCACCCACUUCCUCCUCGACGACUUCCUUCAGCACUUGCGUUCAUCCAGUCUUGCCUACGACUACACACGCCUCCAUCUGGUCAGCUUUGAAGAUGAGCCGCAAGUCGAGGUGAGGGAUGUGACGCCGGGCCGUGUGUACCAGCUUCCUGCCCACCUGCCUCAACUGGCCCAGAACCUUACCCUCGCCACACCCUCCACCACCACCAGCCCGUCGAACACAUCCUGUUAACCCAUAUGAUGCAAGACCCCCCAAUUAACCCUAUCCGAUCCCACGUUUUUAAAUAUUCGCGCUCGUAACACCUAGCCUCGUACUCAUUUAUCUGAACAACGAUAACGCUCAUGAACACUAAGUACUGGUAAAGAAUCAAUAGUGUAAAACAAUAGUGAAUAAUGAGCGAAAAGAAACUAGUGGAAAGUAAAAAAUAAAAAGUGUAUCGUUUUGAUCGAAGUGCCUGAAGGGAGGCCAGAUUUGUCCCCCCUCGGAUUGGGUAGGGUUAAGCAAUUCCUGAGCGAGUGACAGAGUACACCCAGGGCAAUGUAUGAGCCUGAAAAGCACUCCUCCCUUUACCUUGCACCUCAUCAUCAUCGUCAUCAUCAGCAUAAUCAGCCAUUACUAGUCCACUGCAGGAUAAAGCGCUACCUCAGGGGCCUCCAUCUUUCGGGGGAGGCUUCGUGGUGCAGUGGUUAGCACACUUGGCUCACAACCGAGAGAGCCCGGGUUCGAUUCCCGGGAGGAGUGGAAAAACUUGGGCUGCUUUUCCGAUACCUUACGCCCCAGUCCACCCAGCAGUGAAUGGGUACCAGGUAUUAAUCGGGGGGUUGUGUCCCGUCUCCUGGGAUCUGUUCCCUUCUCCUAUAAUUCCUUCCCCUCCUGUCUCUCUCCGGCAUAUGACCACAGAUGUUGCACCGACUAAACCAAACUUUCCAACUUUUUCCUCCAUCUUUCUGUCUAAAGUUAGGGGUACUCCCUCAACCUGACAAAUACUCUAAUUUCCUCUUCUCACCGAGUCAUCUGCCUGCAUCUGUUAUCAGUUUUAUGCAUGACGUGACCUGCCUUCGCCCAUUUCCUAUUCUAAUAUUCACUAAAAUAUCUUCAGCCUUUGUCUGUUUCUGUCUGUCUGUCUCGCUUCCUAUCUCUCCAUAUUAUACCCAGCAUUGUUCUAUCAAUAUAAGAAUAAGAAUGAGAGAAUGAGAACGAGAAUUAACGUUAUCAGGCAAAUGAGUGCCCGUGGGUUGAAUCGACUCGGUAACUUGCCCAGGUUUACACUCUUAUUUUAUAUGUUUGGACAAUAAUUGUGUUCAUUGUACUUCUGAUAGUACCCAAAGACCUCUACAUUCCAUUAUUGUUACCUAAUUCUGUGUUAAAGCCAUGGGAGAUGGAUUACAGAUGAUUUCCUUGAAAUUUUCACCAAGGAAUCAUUCGUAUUCUUUUGUCGCUCUUUUUCAAGCUCAGUUUUCUCGCCUCCUAUAUAAUGUUUCACCACAAAUAUUAUUUUGUCUUACCGAUGAAACGUUAUGCUGCCAUCCCCGCCUCUGUGGGCGCAACCAAAGGCAGAGCAAGCCGGCAUGAAGGCAAAAUGUUGAGGUGUGUGGGUGUCGCGCGUCCGGCCAGGCGGGCAAUGUUAAGGGCCAAGACUGCUUCACUCCUGUGACGUCAUGUCCUCUCCUUGUAUUCUUCCUCCAAGAGCAGCAGUGUAAACACCUUCCCGUGCUCUGAUUGGAGGGACAUUGGAACGCAUCGUGUGGAGGCAGCGGCGUGCCAGCCGUAGGAAUGUUGAGUGACAAAAUUUUCAACACUACCUUCCACCGCUGAUUGUGUAAUACUGACAGCAUGACACCAUGUCGGACUUGUUUGACUUAUUCUUUAUUGCAUGAAGGAAAUAUCUGCCAAGAGGCCGCACUGAUGCAUUCCUUUAACCACGGGACUGAGUGUUACAGGAUAUGUCGAUGAAUGCUCUUAGUUUGCCAUCAAUAAUCAUCAUAACAAGUGGUGGGAUUCAUUUUUUUAAGAACAUGUUCUCUCACUCCAGGACUUGCUAACAACAGGUUCUCUCACUAUCACAGUCUCAAAAGCAAACCAUUAUGCAGGUUGGCCCGAUAUAAGUGCAAAGAUUGACCUUUGGGUUGCCACAUGCUAGUCUAGCAAGUGAAAUUAUUGAUGUUAGUUAUUUUCCCAACUUUUAAAAAACAGUUCAAAUAAUGGUUAAAGCAAAAUUAAUACUGAGCAGACAGUAUAUGCUUGAUUGAUUGAUUGAUUGAUUGAUAGUUUAUUGUUGCAAGUAAAACAACAAAGGAGAAAAGAGGAACAUGCCAUCCCAACCCCCAGGCAGUACAGAGUGUGAUUAUACAACUAAGGAUACAUGUGUAAGUAGCACCAGGAAACUAAAAAGAUACAAUGGUAGGGGAUGACUAUUAAAAUGUUUGGGUAAUUGUAAAUGUUAUCCAUUAGACUAUUACCAGUUGUGAUAAUGCGUUGUGCUAAAUUUUUAUAACUGUUUGCAAUUAUAAAAUGUUUGUUUUUUCAAUUUUUUUAAAUUAGUUUAUUAGUAAUGCUUAUUUUUUAUAUAUUUUGCUGCAUAUUAUUAAGCAACCUUUACUUGUGAGUGGUAAUAUUAGCUUAUAAUAGAAAUGUGUUUGAAUACUGCAUUUACAUUACAUGUUGCCAUUUUGAAAAGGAAAAAUAAUAAGGAAAAUGCUUUAGCUUAAGUCUUUUAUUCAUGAUCUUUCAUUGUAAAAAUUUCCAAAUAGCCACUUAAUUGUCAACAUAAUCUUUAGCCUUUUUUGUAUUUUCACCCAUGUUGUCAUCAGCACUGUUUUUUCUAAGCCACUGUUAUUAUCAUGUAGGGUUAAAUCCAUGCACAUUCUACUUGCAAUACAUUGAUAGUUUAUUGUUGCAGGUAAACAACAAGGGAGAAGGGAGGAACAUGCCAUCCCAACCCCCAGGCAGGACAGAGUGUGAUUAUACAACUAUUAAUACAUGUGUAGGUAUUCGUCAUGUCAGCCUUAAUUGCCUCUUCCACUUUUUGUUCGUUUUGACCGCCUCCACCAAAACUUUAUACAGAACUCGGAAAAUCAAAGCAGAGAACAAUAGUGUCUUCCAUUUAGCGUAACCUGUUUUUGGGUCGUGAUCUGUAGAGUCCCUUAUAUAGCAUCUUCCAUUUAGCGUAACCUGUUUCUGGGUCGUGAUCUGUAGAGUCCCUUAUAUAGCAUCUUCCAUUUAGCGUAACCUGUUUUUGGGUCGUGAUCUGUAUAGUCCCUUAUAUAGCAUCUUCCAUUUAGCGUAACCUGUUUUUGGGUCGUGAUCUGUAGAGUCCCUUAUAUAGCAUCUUCCAUUUAGCGUAACCUGUUUUUGGGUCGUGAUCUG